AGCGGCGGGGCGGAAGUGACGGCGCGCGCUGGCGGCGCUUCCUGUCUGCGGCCGGUGCCGUUGGGUCCCGGCGGGAGCGGCGCGAGCGGGGCCGCGCGGAGAGGGCGCCGCGGGACUUGAAAGACUGAGCUGUUGUUAACAAGACACCUACUGAAACAUGGUGGAUUACUAUGAAGUUCUGGGAGUGCAAAAGCAUGCCUCAGCAGAGGAUAUUAAAAAAGCGUACCGUAAGUUGGCACUAAAAUGGCACCCUGAUAAAAAUCCAGACAAUAAAGAUGAGGCAGAACGGCAAUUUAAACAAGUAGCUGAGGCCUAUGAAGUUUUGUCAGAUGCUAAAAAACGUGACAUCUAUGACAGAUAUGGAAAAGAAGGCCUAAUAAAUGGAGGUGGAGGUGGAAAUCAUCACGAUAAUGCGUUUGAUUUUGGAUUUACAUUCCGUAACCCAGAUGAUGUCUUCAGGGAGUUUUUUGGUGGAAGGGACCCCUUUUCAUUUGACUUCUUUGAAGACCCUUUUGAGGACUUCUUUGGGGGCAGACGGGGUCCAAGGGGAAGCAGAAGCAGAGGUGGUGGAUCAUUUUUCUCUGCCUUUGGAGGAUUCCCUACUUUUGGAAGUGGUUUUACUCCAUUUGACGCAGGUUUUACUUCGUUUGGUUCUCUGGGACAUGGGGGCAUUACUUCGUCGUUCUCCUCUUCGUCAUUUGGUGGUGGCGGGAUGGGCAACUUCAAAUCAGUAUCAACCUCAACUAAAAUAGUUAAUGGCAGAAAAAUUACUACAAAGAGGAUUAUUGAGAAUGGACAAGAGAGAGUAGAAGUUGAAGAAGAUGGCCAGUUAAGGUCGCUAACAAUAAAUGGGGAGGCAGAUGAAGAAGCCUUUGCCGAGGAGUGCCGACGGAGAGGACAACACGCGCUGCCUUCCCAGCCGGCCAACGCUCGCCUGCAGAAGUCUCACAGGCCUGCCAGUUCCCCUCGAUAUGCCUUUCAUUUUAAUAGUGAUGAGGUGGAAGAACAGGAUAGAAGCCGGGUCAUGAGCAGCUUCGAGGCCCCUUUUCAUUUAUCAGGGCUGCUGAAGGACUGGUCGGGUCAGUCAUAAAAACCUACGAUACAAAGAAGUCAGCAAGAGGAGGAAGCAGAAGCAGAGAGAGGAACAGAAGAAGAAGAAGUCAACCAAAGGGAGUUACUAAAAUGGACUUCUCUGCUAUGCCAAUACCUUUAUAAUAAUGACAACUUCAUGUUACCUUUGAGCGCACCUCUUUUGUGUAUAUUUUUUGAUUGUUCACACUGCUAGCAAGGAAGUGACUCAUGUUUAAAACUGUACUAAAAUUGCACUAUGUUAUUCCUUUUAGUUUCAUGGAGUGGCUUUCUUGCCAGUCAGGUUAGGGAAUUCGGACGAGGCUGGUCGAGGUUAGGAGUGUUUUAUGUUCGAAGAUUGGAAGGCAUUACAGAAUUUCUUGCCUCUUCCUUCCCUGGGACUAAAACGACUCUGUUCUAGUGUUUGUUAUUUGUCUUGUAGGAGACAAAGGGUUGUGCAAAUGUCUGUUUGUUUGGUCGGUGGCAUCAACAUCAGGCCUGUUAAAAGAGGAGUCCUGUUCAGUCAUGUCAUUGGGAAUGGGACUGAGACAUGAGCUCUUAUAGGGUAAUUUAUGCAAGCUUAAUAAGAGAUUUUUAUGGUUGGGGUUUUGUUUAGUUUUCCCCCCCCAGGCUGAGCAGUUUUGUCCCUGAUAUUAAAAUGUUCCUACAUUUUAGACUGUAUCCUGAGGUUAUAUCCUCUGAUUUUAAGAAGCGUAGUGUAAGGAUGGCCUCCUGUAUGUACUCCUACUGAUUUCUUUAAGCUUAGUUGACUCCUGAUGAAUAAUUUAGUGAAAUCAUUCCUUAUUUUAAAAGUUUAUUUUCAGAACCUAGAGACAAAUGAUCCAAGUGCUACUUUAAAACUGCUCUUUGUUUCUGCUGAGUAGGCUUUAGAUAAUAAACAUUUUUUCAGCAUCCAUAUAAGAUUUUAUCCAGUUGUUUCUGCAAAGAACUUAUACUUUUAUGUAUGAAAAUGUUUUACAUCAGUUUUAUUGCAGGACUAAUUUUUUUUUAGCUUGAAAAGAUGUCUUAGAUUUAAAAUAAAUACGUAUUUUCUGGCAAGAUGACUUCCUUGCUUCCCGUGCUUGUCUCAUGUGCAUGACACAUUGCUUCUCUUAACCUUUCAGUGUGUACAGAGCCCUUCUGUUGCCUUUAGCAUUUACCUGCAUGUUUCUUGUCAGUAUGUUGUCUCCUCUUUUUAACCUCCAGAUAGGAGUUAGCAGCUUAUGGUUUUGUUUUGUUCCUUUUGUCUUCCUCUUGCCAAUACGUUGUUGAUGUAACAGCCUUAAACCUGGCAAUAUUGAAAGUCCACAAUUCCUGGAGAAACUCACUCGUCCUAACAUUUAAAAGAUGUAGGAAUGCACAUAAUGGUGUAAGAGAGAAGCUAAACAGAAAGUCAAGUCUGCAUUUUAGCAUGGUUUGAUAUAACAGAUUCUGGUGUCUCUGGUAUCUGAAUGGUUUAGCUUCAAUUACCCCAUGUAACCCUCUGCAAGCAUAGAGUUUGUGAACUCUGUUAGGGGAUGUAAAUUACGGUUACUAUCAAAUACGACUGAGUACCAGUUUUCUGUCACUUAAGUACCACUUUUUUUGUGCAGUGUUACUAAUAUUUAAAAAUAAAGAAAAUCUGCCUUUA